GUCUCCUCUUAACAAUGGAUGCAGGGUCUCUGAGUUCUUCCGCAACCAUCAAAACAAGAUCUCGCUGCCCUCUUCAGGAACAGUUUAUUCAAAGAAAGAGUUCCAGAGAAAACUUGGACAGAUUCAUACCAAAUCGGUCGGCAAUGGAUUUUGAUUAUGCUCACUACAUGCUUACUGAGGGGGCUAAAGGUAAGGAAAAUCCAGUUGUGAGUUCCCCCUCUAGAGACGCUUACAGGAAGCUGCUUGCAGAAAGCUUGAACAUGAACAGGACCCGAAUUCUAGCCUUCAAGAACAAGCCACCUGCGCCAGUUGACUUAAUCCCUCAUGAGAUUACCUCCACUGUUGCACAGGAUAAACCCACCAAGCCUAAAAGAUUUAUUCCUCAGACUUCUGAAAGGACUUUGGAUGCUCCGGAUCUUGUGGAUGACUAUUAUCUCAAUCUAUUGGAUUGGGGAAGCGGCAAUGUUCUUGCAAUAGCACUUGGAAGCACAGUGUACUUGUGGGAUGCAACAAAUGGUUCUACUUCAGAACUUGUUACAGUUGAUGAUGAAAAUGGCCCGGUUACAUCUGUUAGCUGGGCUCCUGAUGGACGGCAUAUAGCGGUUGGUUUGAACAACUCUGAAGUGCAACUGUGGGAUACAACUUCAAAUCGACAGUUGAGAACUUUGAAAGGUGGGCACAGGCAGCGAGUUGGGUCUUUGGCAUGGAACAAUCACAUACUUACAACUGGAGGGAUGGAUGGUAGAAUUGUGAACAACGAUGUAAGAAUUAGGGCACACAUCGUUGAAACCUACAGAGGGCAUGAUCAAGAGGUUUGUGGGCUAAAAUGGUCAGCUUCAGGUUCACAAUUAGCCAGUGGAGGGAAUGAUAAUCUGUUGUACAUCUGGGACAGAGCUACAGCAUCUUCUAAUUCGGCUACACAGUGGCUUCACAGGCUCGAAGAUCACACAUCUGCUGUAAAAGCCCUUGCUUGGUGUCCUUUCCAAGGGAAUUUGCUAGCUUCUGGUGGAGGCAGUGGUGAUCGUUGCAUUAAGUUCUGGAAUACUCACACUGGUGCAUGCUUGAACUCAGUUGAUACUGGGUCUCAGGUAUGCUCCUUGCUGUGGAACAAGAACGAGAGGGAGUUGCUCAGCUCUCAUGGUUUUACCCAGAAUCAGCUAACACUUUGGAAAUACCCUUCAAUGGUCAAGAUGGCAGAGCUCAAUGGUCAUACUUCCAGAGUUCUUUUCAUGGCUCAGAGUCCGGAUGGUUGCACAGUAGCAUCAGCAGCAGCAGAUGAAACAUUGAGGUUUUGGAAUGUGUUUGGAGCUCCAGAAGCAACAAAAGCUGUACCAAAAGCGAGAGCUGAGCCCUUUUCACAUGUGAAUCGCAUUCGAUAA